GUCCUCCGCCCGUGUGCGUGGGUUAGUGUGUGUGUGUGCGCGUGGGUUAGAGUGGAAUACACUCUGACAUGUUGAGGCAGAGGUAAAGGUGUGGCGCUGCGAAGGAGGAGCAUUAAGUGUCAGAGGGAACAGUUUGAGGAUUCCUCCUGCCGUCACUUACAGGAGCAGCUUGUUAAAGGAGGAGAAGCUUCUAACUUCUUGGAGAUCUGAGCUCCAAGGUCGCUGUUCACAGCCUGAACUGGAUGGAAGCAGCAGGAGAGGAGGUUUUCUAAUCCGCACCGUGUGAAGCAUUUCUGUCCAACAUGCGCAGAUUCAGCUCUGAGGGAUCCCUUCUGGACCUUGACUCCAUACAGUGGGACAAACUGCCCCCAAAGCAGCCAGAAUAUGGAAGCAGGCGGACGUCUGUCAACCCCCCCCCUCAGCUGGAAAUUGAGCAACUCGACGACGCAGGGUCAGCUGGCCUGAUUCCCACCAUCAGAGAGCCGGCGCAGAUACCGGCCGAGGUCAGGAGGAGAGAGCUGAUCAAAGAGCACAGCAGCAGCGCAGAGAACCUCAGCGAUCUGGGGAAGCAGGACACCAACCGCCUCAUGGUGUGUAGCAUCAGCGAAGGCUGCAGGGCCUACAGCGACAGCCAGCUGGCCUCGGUUGCCGAAGACCCUGAGAGUCCAGAGAAAGACGACCAGCGACCCUCAGUCUCCUCAGACCCCUUUGACUUAAAGUCCCAGCAAAGGCAGCACCACCACAGAGCCAAACUCUCUGCUGCUAAGCUGCACCUGAAGAGUCUGUUUGGACAGAGUCCUCAUUCAUCCCACUCAAACCUGUUUAAUGCAGAAGAGAAAAACAGCGCUACAGAGAGGAGGUCUCGCCUGCAUUUCAUGCGCCAGUGGAGUCAGGUGGGCCACAAUAGGAAGGGGCGGAUCAGCCACGACGUGCUGGAGUCCUGGGCUGAGUCUUUGAACGCCCUGCUGGCCAGCCCCAUUGGAGUCUCUGUGUUUGGAGCCUUCCUGCGCUCUGAAUUCAGCGAGGAGAACCUCCAGUUCUACCUGGCCUGUGAGCAGUACAGACACUCCUCCAACAACUUCAGCCUGCAGAGAAGAGCUAAAGACAUCUGCGCCACCUACAUCCAACGCGGCGCUCCUCGUGAGGUCAACCUGGACAGUAAGACCAGGGACCUGACCCUCCAGCUGCUGCAGGCGCCCUCUCACACCUCUCUGCUCCCAGCUCAGAAGAGGGUCUACUCUUUGCUGGACACCGACUGUUACCCGCGCUUCCUCCAGUCCAGCAUCUACCAGUCUCUGCUAAAGGAGGCGGAGUAGAUGCCUGUAAAAAUAACCAACUACACUUGGCUGCGUGUGAGAUUUCCAUUAUUAACGAAUACUGUGAGGAAAGUAAUGCAUUGAUGCCAACCGGACACUGUAAAUGUUUUGCACUUAAAUCGAGACACUGAAAAAAUUCACUUUUUGUUUGAGUUCAGGCAGAUUAAUAAAGUUUUGUUACCAAAACCUGUUUGGCC